GUCUGAAGUUCAAAAUUACAAAAAAGGUGCGCCAAGGAAAUAAGUAUAAAAGUGUUUUUUUGGAUUGUCUCGAUAGAUAACAAGCGAGACUCUUGAUAAUGAUAUUAAAGGUCAGAAGCCAUCGAAUCGGCUAGUUCGUAACACGCGCAUACUAAAAGGAAAUUGGAAGGUUUAUUUACUACCAAAUAAUUGUUUUUGAAAGAAAUUUUUGCAUUAAUAUUUAGAAAAAAAUGUCCCAACCAGAUGGAAUUCGUAGAAGGACUAAAAGUGUAACUAGAGCCGAGGAAAUUCAAGCCGAAAAUCAAAAAGCCAGGAAAAACCAACCCGACAAACCGAUUCACAAACCAAGAGACUCGCUGUUUUCAUGGACUUCAGGUUUUGAUAACUUCACUGGUUUUAUAAACUGGGCAUUUUUGUUGCUUUCUAUAGGAGGCGUAAGACUGUUGCUUGAGAAUUUUAUAAAAUAUGGUAUUAGAAUAGACCCAGUUCAAUGGUUCUACAUGCUUACCGGUCAGGAUGAUUCGGGAUCUGAACAUCCUUCCUUAGUGUUAAUAGCUUAUUCUUCUGUGCCUAUAAUUUUGUGCCUUUUAACCGAGAAGGGUUUGGCUGUGGAAAUUAUUCCCAAUGCGGCUGGUUUGAUUGUUCAUAUAAUCAAUUUAUUGGUGCUAAUUUUACUUCCCAUGGCUGUAAUCCAUGUUAAAGAUGGUUUUAGUUUAGUUGGUGCCUCCGUUGUAACCACCCUCUACAGCGUCUUAUUUCUUAAGCUAUGGUCAUACGUCCAAGUCAACAUGUGGUGCAGGAUCGCCAAAUAUAAUGGAAAAGGUACCAUGAGGAGACAGUCGAUGUCUUACAACAAUUUAAGAAACACGAAAGGUAGUGCCAACGGCAAAACGAACACAGCUGACGAACUGGUUCAAUAUCCCGACAACUUAAACCUUAAAGAUUUGUACUACUUCCUUUUCGCACCAACGUUAUGUUAUGAAUUGAACUUCCCCAAAACCGAUCGGAUAAGAAAGAGAUUCCUUUUGAAGAGGAUAUUGGAAGUGAUGGUGGGUGUCCAGUUGAUAUUUUGUGUUAUCCAGCAGUACAUGAUACCAUCCGUUAAGAACUCUUUAAUUCCGUUUAGCAAUAUGGAUUACACCAAGGCGACCGAAAGACUGUUGAAAUUAGCUAUUCCGAACCAUCUUGCCUGGCUAUGUAUGUUCUACAUAAUGUUCCAUUCAUGGUUGAAUCUAGUGGGUGAGGUUUUACACUUCGCCGAUAGGAGUUUCUACGGAGACUGGUGGAAUUGCAACAACAUUGAUAGUUUCUGGAGAAACUGGAACCUGCCGGUCCAUAGGUGGGCUUUGCGACAUUUGUAUUUGCCGAUGGUUGAGAUGGGUUAUGGAAAGACAACAGCCAGUGUUGCCGUAUUCUUCAUCAGUGCCUUUUUCCAUGAGUAUAUGGUGAGUGUACCUUUGAAAACUUACAAAAUCUGGGCUUUCAUGGGUAUGAUGGGCCAAAUUCCUUUAUCCUUUAUGUCCAAGGCCAUAGAAAAAGCGUACGGACCGCGAUUUGGCAACCUAGUCUUUUGGGCAUCGAUUAUUUUAGGUCAACCUUUAUGUAUUAUGAUGUACUACCACGACUAUAUUGUUUUAAGAUACGGUGAAUCAUUGUUAGAAGAUUAUUCGCAUGUUUAAGCAAAAAUUUUGUUCUCUUAAGGAUAAAUUUUGGGCUACAUACUCGAACUAUUUAGAUUUUAGAGAUUUUAAAGGUUCCUGUCAGAAUAAAAUCAUUUAAUUGUUCCU